AUGGCGGUCGAAAGAAGAAUAGCAUUUAAGGAUUUUGAAAAUUUGGUAGAUUUAUUUCGAACAAAAGGAAAGCACGAUAAUCCGCCAGUUGAAAACAUUGACGUUAAUCUUUGCACCCAUUUAAUCUUGAUUGGCUCCUGUCAUCUGGAUCACAAGAGCACUAUAGUACUCCCAAGAACGGAUGAGAUAAACGCCCUAUGGAAAAUGAAAAAGAAGAAUCCUAAACUAAAAAUUCUGUUCUCGCUUACACCAAAAAACACUUAUAUGUCAAAAUUGGUAGACAGUGAGUAUUUAUUAGAUAGCUUCGUCAGCAAUGUAACUACGUUCCUCUUGAAGCACAAAAUAGACGGUUUUGACAUUGACUGGGAGUUUCCUGUUUGGAGCAAAGAUGCAAAAAAAACGGACAAAAUUGGCUUUACAUACAUGCUUGAGAAGCUCCGAUAUGCGUUCAAUGAAUCAAGCAGAAAACCCCUGCUCACUGCCGCUGUAGCAGCACCGUACGACAUUGUUAAAAAGGCCUACGAUAUUAAGGUUCUCAGCAGGAACCUGGAUUAUAUUCAAAUAAUGAACUACGAUUUCCAUGUGUAUUCGAAAAGUUUCCCCUUCACAGGUUUUAAUGCCCCGCUAUUCAGAGAAGCAUCAUUUGCAGUUCCUUUACUAGCAAGAAUGAACUCGAAAAUCUUGUUUGGGAUCCCCACAUACGGUCGAGGAUACACUCUAUUAAUCCCCGCAUUGCAUUCGCUAUAUGCUCCGACGAUUGGCGUUUCUAAGCUAGGAGCUUCCCAAACUUACGCUCAAGUGUGCAAUUUAGUGAAAGACAAAGACUACACUUACGCAUUUAAUAAACGGGCGAGAUCUCCGUAUAUCUAUGGCGCCAAAGAUCAGUGGUUCAGUUUGGAAGACCAGUCUAGUAUGUAUUCAAAAGCGAGGUAUGCUCGAGAAAAUAACUUAGGUGGUAUUAUGAUAUUUGAUCUGCAUAGCGACGACUAUAAGGGUAUUUGUGGCCAAGGUAGGUAUCCAUUGAUACGUGCGGCCAAAAUGGCAGUUAGUUACGAAAAAAGACUAAGUUACAGGAACCGUUCAAGGAAAGAUUGGACGUCUAUCAAGCAAUUUUUGAAUAAACCGCAAACCUCGGACCAGUUGGAAAGGCAUCGAAUACAGGAAAAGUCUAGGUCCUUGAGCAACACCUUAAAAUAA